UUGUGUGUGUAAAUAGUGUCAGUGGUAGGCAAUGUGAUAGAUUUUGACGGACGUUAUUAUAAUUUUUGAAAAUGGAAUUUUGGGCGCGAAUUUUCGUACGGACUGUCAUCAUUUGUUUUUGUGUUAUUUUCACAAACGGAAGGAGUGUACGACAAAAUAGUGGUAACACAAAUAAAGACUUCGAUGAAAAAAACAAGUACCACUGGAGGCAACAGGCACAAUGGACGUUGCGGUCAAAGCUCUCAACGCCACUCAACACCAACGUAGCAAAGAACGUGAUUCUAUUCCUGGGCGACGGCAUGAGUGUGACUACACUAGCUGCUACCAGGGCGUACCUGGGGCAAAAGUAUGGCCACCUAGGGGAAGAGAUCAAGUUGAGCUUCGAGAUGUUCCCAUACACUGGGUUAUCUAAGACAUACUGCGUUGACCACAACGUAGCGGACUCCGCAUGUAGCGGGACAGCCUACCUGUCCGGCGUGAAGGCCAACAGUGGGACUGUGGGUCUCAGCGCCGCCGUCAAACGGGGGGACUGUAUUGGGCAGUUGUCUGGGAACCAUUCGGUGACGGGGCUCAUGGACUGGGCACAGAAGGCUGGGAAAAGCACAGGGGUUGUCACCACAACGCGUGUAACACAUGCAACCCCAGCAGCCUCAUACGCGCACUCCGCCGACCGGCGUUGGGAGGCCGACACAGACCUGCCGAGGUACGGGCCUCGCUGCGAGGACAUAGCCACGCAGCUCGUGAGAGGGAAAGUAGGGAAGAAUAUUGAUGUAGUCCUAGGCGGCGGGCGGCAAAACUUCCUCCCCUACACCAAAAAGGACGUUGAAGGCCACGUUGGUUACAGAAAAGAUGGCAACGACCUCAUUGCCGAAUGGCUCGACACGAAAAAGAAUCUCGGACACAACGCGAAAUACGUUUACACAAAGAAAGGACUUUUCAAUAUUAACCCUAGUGUGGAUAGUGUGCUUGGGCUGUUUUCACCGAGUCAUAUGCCGUACCAUUUGGAAGCUGAUGAGGACGACCCGAGCUUGGCGGAGAUGACACAGAAAGCUAUACAGAUACUGGCCAAUAAUGAGAAUGGGUUCUUCCUGUUUGUUGAAGGAGGCAGAAUAGACACCGCCCACCACGAGACCAAAGCUCAAAAAGCCUUGGACGAGACUGUGGAGCUGGCGAAGGCAGUGGAAGCAGCAAUCAGGAUGGUGAACACUGACGAAACGCUGGUGGUGGUCACGUCAGACCAUAGCCAUACUAUGACUUACAGUGGGUACAGCAAGAGGGGAUCCGAUAUACUCGGUUUCAGUAAUAGGAUAAACGCAUCCGACCACCAGCCAUUCACGACCCUAAGCUACGCUACGGGGCCAGGCCACAAGCAAGGCCACGACUCCCAAAGAUACGACCUUACGUCUGACGAUCUCAAAAAUCCAAACUACACCUACCCGGCCUUAGUCCCGAUGUCCCGAGAGACUCACGGAGGCGAAGACGUCGCGGUGUUCGCGCGCGGGCCUUGGGCACACCUGUUCACGGGCAACUACGAACAGAACUAUCUGCCACACGCGCUCGCAUAUGCGGCCUGCAUGGGCGGAGGACUGCACGCCUGUCAUCAGUAUACUUACACGUAG